AUGGCGCCCGCGGCGCCCGCUCCCGAGCGGCGUGAACAGGGAAGCAGCGCGGGCAGGAACCGCGCCGGCCCCGCGCCGGCUCCUCCCGUUUGCAGGGAGCUCUACAAGACACCGCUUGGUUUCCGGGAAGAAGUUGCCCUGUACUGUGCCAAGUAUCUUCCUGACAUAAUCAAGGACCAGAAGGCCUAUAAGGAAGGCAAAUUGCAAAAGGCCCUGGAAGAUGCUUUCUUAGCCAUAGAUGCCAAGCUCACCACAGAGGAGGUGAUUAAAGAGCUCGCCCAGAUGGCUGGGCGGCCCCAGGAUGAUGAAGAUGAGAAGGAGAAGGUUGCUGAUGAGGAUGAUGUGGAUAAUGAGGAAGCUGCUCUUCUGCAUGAAGAAGCCACCAUGACCAUUGAGGAGCUUCUCACGCGUUAUGGACAAAACUGCUCCAAGAACCUCAAAACCAAGCCCUCAGCCCCGCCUGGGGAGAGCGCUGCCGAGGGGCCCGGCAAGCAGCACGAUGGGGAGGCAAACAUGAACGGAGAGGCUGACCCCGGGGAGCUCAUCGACCACAAGGAGAGGAAGAAUGGGAAGCCAGAUGAAGAAGUCGUGGGCAUUUCCUCCACUUCCGACAAAGCCAGCGCUGGAGGGCACAGCCAUGCUCUGCAGAAGCCUGAAGUAGGCAAAGGUGACGAGGCCGUCACCUCUUCUACCGGGGAGGCCGGGCCCUCCUGCUCCUCCACGGGAAAGCCCCAGCGCACAAGCAAAUCCAAAUUUUUUGAGGACAGUGAGGAUGAGUCAGAUGAGGUUGAGGAAGAGGAGGAAGACAGUGAGGUAUGCAGGAAUGAGGAUGGUUACAGUAGUGAGGAGGCAGAGAAUGAAGAUGAUGAAGAUGACACUGAAGAAGCUGAGGAGGAUGAGGAUGAAGAGGAGGAAAUGUUGUUACCAGGCAUGGAGGGGAAAGAGGAGCCUGGCUCAGACAGCGGGACGACGGCGGUCGUGGCCCUGAUCCGGGGCAAGCAGCUCAUCGUGGCCAAUGCCGGAGACUCCCGCUGCGUGGUGUCCGAGGGCGGCAAGGCGGUGGACAUGUCCUACGACCACAAGCCGGAGGACGAAGUGGAGCUGGCCAGGAUAAAGAACGCGGGUGGCAAGGUCACCAUGGACGGCCGAGUGAACGGUGGCCUCAACCUCUCCAGGGCGAUCGGCAGCACCUGGCUGCUGCCUGUCCUCAUCCUUCAGCCUCUUGGGAGCAGCAGAGGAAUGAUGAACAGCCGGGAACGGCCUCAUUUUGAGCAGAUGAGAUCUUUUAAGGAAGGGGUUGUGAAUAAUACCAAGAACGUGAACCUGCCCGUCGGAGCCGGGGGUUGGUUUUCUCACGUGAGCUCUGCCAACGAGGCCCUGGCAGGACCAGGGCAGCAGCGCCGGGUGGCUGCCCGGGCGGGUAUCCCGCUGGAACGGAACGUGAUGAGCAGCCAGGAAGUGGUGGAUUUCAUCCAGGCCAAGAUCACCCAGCAGGACGAAAACGGAGCCCUGCGGCCGCUCUCCUCCAUCGUAGAAGAGCUGCUGGAUCAGUGUUUGGCUCCGGACACCUCAGGGGACGGCACUGGCUGUGACAACAUGACCUGCAUCAUCAUCAGCUUCAAACCCCGCAACACGCACAGCCCCGCUGAGAGCGGGAAGAGGAAACUGGAGGACACGGCAGCACCAGCAGAAGAGAACGGCAGCGAUAACAGCAAGAAGACCAAGCUGGAAUAGCAGGCCUGGCUCAGAGACUUUGCUGCGCACUCACCAGACUCUUGUUUCUUAAACAUGCUGAACUCAAGACUCCAAAGUCUUGUCCUUUUUUUAGCCUUAGCAGAGGCCUUGUCUGUCCGUGUCGGGGUGGG